AUGGCUCUGGUGGUUUAUCUGAAAUCAGUGUCGGAGCUUCCAGGCAAAGGGGACAGACUGGCCAAAGUGUCAUUCCGAGGUGUGUCCUUCUACUCCCGUGUGCUGGAGAACUGUGAGAAUGAAGCCAAGUUUGAGGAGGCUUUUCGGUGGCCAGUUGCAAGUAGUGUGGACAGUAAUGAGAUGUUGGAGAUCCAGAUAUACAACUACAGCAAAGUCUUCACCAACAGGUUGAUUGGAAUUUUCCGUAUGGUCUUGCAGAAGGUGGUGGAAGAGGGUCAUUUGGAGGUGUCUGACACGAUGACUGAUGAUAACAACACGUCAGUUCCGACCAUCAUCACCAUUGAGAUCAGGUAUCAACCAAUGAAUGGAAGUACACGGAUGUGGUGUGAUGGAGAAUUCCUUGAUGUUCUCGAUGAUCACGACAGAUUGUUUGAAACAGAGAGUUUGCUCUCAGCACACAGCCAGAGCUCAGGAACUUCUCCUGGAAGAUCAAGCUACAGCAUUCCUACACUGAAAAAAGCAGGAAAAGGAGUGUUUUCAGCCAUGAAGCUUGGAAAAGUACGCAGCUCCAAAGACAGCCACAAGAAAGGAGAUGAUCCUGCUAUUUUGGAGGCUGAGGAUCUUGAUCAUAAAGGCAUGCAAAGGCGCAUUGACCCUGACUCCAUCUCACUGGCUUCAGUCACUGCAGUGACCACUAAUGUCUCCAAUAAGAGAUCAAAGCCUGAUAUUAAGAUAGAGCCACUAGCAGGCAGACCUGUGGACUACCAGAUUAGCGUCAUGGUUAUUGAAGCCCGGCAGCUGGUGGGCUUGAACAUGGAUCCUUUGGUGUGUGUAGAGAUUGGAGAUGAGAAGAAAUAUACAUCAAUGAAAGAGUCAACAAACUGUCCGUACUACACCGAGUACUUUGUCUUUGACUUUCACGUUCCACCAGAUGUCAUGUUUGACAAGAUCCUGAAGCUGUCAGUAAUUCAUUCUAAAAACCUACUGCGAAGUGGCACAUUGGUUGGCACCUUUAAAAUAGACAUAGGAACAAUCUACUCACAACCAGAGCAUCAGUUUUACCACAAAUGGGCCAUGCUGACUGACCCUGAUGACAUCACAGCCGGCUGUAAAGGUUAUGUAAAAUGUGACAUAGUUGUGCUGGCAAAAGGCGACAAUGCCAAGACAUCACGAAAGGUCAGCGAUGUUGACGAUGAUGACAUUGAAAGUCAUCUUUUGUUACCUGAGGGCAUUCCAGCAGAGAGGCAGUGGGCUCGCUUCUAUGUGAAGAUCCACCGAGCUGAGGGCCUCCCUAAAAUGAAUGCCAGCAUCAUGGCCAAUGUAAAGAAGGCUUUAAUCGGAGAAAACAGGGACCUCGUAGACCCCUAUGUUCAAGUGCUGUUUGCAGGCCAAAAGGGUAAAACCUCAGUUCAAAAGGGAACGUAUGAACCUACUUGGAAUGAGCAGAUCAUCUUCACAGAGAUGUUCCCGCCCUUGUGUAAACGUAUGAAAGUGCAGAUCCGAGACUCGGACAAGGUCAAUGACGUGGCCAUUGGGACUUAUUUCAUCGACCUUCGCAAGAUUUCAAAUGAUGGAGACAAAGGAUUUUUACCCACACUGGGUCCAACCUGGGUGAACAUGUAUGGCUCCACACGGCAAUACACACUGAUGGACGAGCAUCAGGACCUUAAUGAGGGGCUGGGAGAGGGGGUGUCCUUCAGAGCCCGUCUACUCAUUAGUGUUGCCGUGGAGAUCUUGGACUCAUCCUCUUCAGACAUAGGUGUUUCCACUGAGGUCCAGGUGGAGCCAUUUAUGAAUGUUUCAGAGAUUUCCACAGGGAGAGUAGAGGAGUUCUUCCUGUUUGGAUCCUUCUUAGAGGCCACUAUGAUUGACAGGCGAAUUGGAGAUAAACUUAUUAACUUUGAAGUCACGAUUGGCAACUAUGGUAACCAAAUUGAUGGAGUAAGUAAGCCAGCACAAGGAAAGAAAAAGCCCAGAGGGGACGGCAAUGACGAAGAGUCUGAACUGAUCCAUAACUCCAGUGAUGAAGAGCCAGAGGAGGAUGGUGACCUGGUGUCAGUGUCUUUGACCCCUCCAAUGAAACCUGUAAUUACUGACAGCAAUUACUUUCACUUGCCGUAUUUUGAAAAAAAGCCCUGUAUAUAUAUCAAGAGCUGGUGGCAAGAUCAGCGAAGACGCUUCUACAACUCAAACAUCAUGGACAAGAUCGCAGAUAAACUGGAGGAGGGUCUGAAUGAUGUUCAGGAGAUUAUUAAGACGGAGAAGGCUUAUCCUGAACGCAGACUGAGAGGAGUUUUGGAGGAGCUCAGUACUGGCUGCAGUCGAUUUGUCACUCUGGCAAACAAAGACCAGAAUCAGACAGGCGUAACCAAACUAGAUCGGGAGCGGCUGAAGUCAUGCCUAAGAGAAAUGGAAAGCAUGGCUCAACAGGCCAAAUCAAUUCGUUCACAAGUAAAGAGGAACACGGUUCGAGACAAACUCAAACUGACUCAGAAUUUCCUGCACAGACUCCGUUUCCUGGCUGAUGAGCCACAGCACAGUAUUCCAGACGUGUUCAUAUGGAUGAUAAGUAACAAUAAACGUGUAGCAUAUGCUCGUAUUCCUUCCAGAGAUAUUCUGUAUUCCAUUGUAGACGAGGAAAUGGGCAAAGACUGUGGAAAAGUCAAAGCUGUCUUUCUCCGGUUACCUGGAAAGAGGAGCUUCGGCCCGGCUGGUUGGACAGUUCAAGCUAAGAUGGAGAUCUACCUGUGGUUAGGUUUGAGUAAACAGAGGAAAGAUUUUCUGAGUGGUUUGCCCAGUGGCUUUGAGGAGAAUAAAAUAGCCAAAAGCACAGGCCUGCAGACUGCACCACCCAUCAGCCUUGUCUAUAACAGUAUGCAGGUGUUCCAGCUGAGGGCUCACUUGUAUCAGGCUCGCAGUUUGUUUGCUGCUGAUGACAGUGGCCUGUCGGAUCCUUUUGCCAGAGUCUUUUUUUCCACAUAUAGCCAGGUCACAGAGGUGCUGAGUGAGACUUUGUGUCCAACAUGGGAUCAGCUGCUGGUGUUCGAUAACGUGGAGCUUUAUGGGGAGGCCAGCGAGCUUCGUGAUGACCCUCCGAUCAUUGUAAUAGAAAUUUAUGACCAGGACUCAGUGGGAAAAGCUGAGUUUAUUGGUCGAACUUUUGCCAAGCCUCUCACCAAGAUGGUUGAUGAGCAUUACGGCCCCCCACGAUUCCCACCCCAGCUGGAGUACUAUCAGAUCUACAGAGGAAACUCAAGUGCAGGAGAGCUGCUUGCUGCCUUUGAACUGCUGCAGAUCGGACCUGCAGGAGUAAAAGGUCUUCCUCCUCUUGAAGGGCCAACCGAUGGUGACCAAGGACCCAUACUACCUGUGCCUUUGGGUAUUCGACCUGUACUCAGCAGAUACCGUAUAGAGGUUCUAUUCUGGGGUCUGAGGGACAUGAAGAGAAUUAACCUGACUCAGGUGGACAAACCUCGUGUAGAUAUUGAGUGUGCAGGAAAAGGCGUGCAAUCAUCCCUCAUUGCAAACUUCAAGAAAAAUCCAAAUUUCAGCACUCUGGUGAAGUGGUUUGAAGUGGACCUUCCUGAAAAUGAACUACUUCAUCCUCCUCUGAACAUUCGUGUGGUAGAUUGCAGAGCAUUUGGGCGCUACACCUUGGUGGGAACACAUGCAGUGUCCAGUCUCCGCAAGUUUAUAUACACCCCACCUGACAAGAAGGCCAACAACUGGGCCAGCACAGGUGACAUUGUGGUCAACAUGCAUCCUGAUCCCAACAUAAAGAAGAUGGACACUGUGGUCAAACUGGAUGCUACCUCCGAUGCUGUUGUAAAGGUUGAUAUGAAUGAAGAAAAAAAGAAAAAGAAGAAAAAGAAGGGAGAGGAGGUUGAGGAGGAAGAGCAAGAUGAGCGUGUAUUGGACUGGUGGUCAAAGUACUUUGCUUCAUUAGAAACAAUGAUGGAGAAUCUAAAAGCCCAGGAAGCAGCCAUGGCUGAGGCAGAGGAGCGAGAAGAUAUGGAGAUUGCUGCAGAAGCAGCAGAGAUCAGACCUGAUGAAUCUCAUGUGAAAGGCGCCAAGCACAAGGAGAAGAGCAAAGCCAAAAAGGACAAAGACAAGAAGAAGAAUCAAGGUGGUGAUGGGACAGAGAAAAAAGAUGCCAAACCCAAAGUGGAUGAGUUUCUGUUGUACCCUAAGGAACUUGAGGCUGAGUUUUGUGAAUUUGAGGACUGGCUUCACACUUUUAAUCUGUACAAAGGGAAGGCUGGAGAUGACGAUGACAACAGUGCAGUGGAUGAUGACCGGGUCAUGGGCCGAUUCAAAGGGUCACUGUGCAUAUACAAGCUACCUAUUUCAGAAGAGAUCACCAAAGAACCAGGAUUCGAUUCCAGUAUGGGCAUGUUUCAAAAUAUCCCACAUAAUGAUCCCAUCAGUGUUCUUGUGAGGAUUUAUGUUGUUAAGGCCACUAAUCUUCAUCCUACCGACCUGAAUGGGAAAGCUGAUCCUUACCUUGUAAUUAAACUGGGAAAGACAGAGAUUAAAGACAAGGAGAAUUACAUCUCUAAACAACUUAACCCUGUUUUUGGAAAGUCCUUUGACAUACAGGUCACAUUUCCAAUGGAGUCGAUGCUGACAGUAUCGAUAUUUGACUGGGAUUUAGUUGGCACUGAUGACCUAAUCGGAGAGACCAAGAUCGAUCUGGAGAACCGUUUCUACAGCAAACACAGAGCCACUUGUGGCUUUGCUUCCACCUAUUCCCUCCAUGGCUACAACGUAUGGCGAGAUCCUCAGAAGCCAUCUGAUAUCCUUGCCAAGUUGUGUAAAGAGGGCAAGGUGGAUGGGCCACAUUAUGGACCAGGUGGAAGGGUUAAAGUUGCUGACCGAAUUAUCCUGGGGCCAACAGAAAUCGAGGAUGAAAACGGUCUGAGGAAGCAGACUGAUGAACAUGUGGCUCUUGCUGCUCUGAAACAAUGGGAGGAGAUUCCUGUUGUUGGCUGCAAACUAGUUCCAGAACAUGUGGAGACAAGGAUCCUUCUUAACCCAGAGAAACCAGGCAUAGAGCAGGGGCGGAUUGAAUUGUGGGUGGACAUGUUUCCAAUGGAUGUACCUGCACCCGGACCCGCACUAGAUAUAUCACCACGAAAACCAAAGAAAUAUGAGCUCAGGGUGAUAAUCUGGAAUACUGAUGAUGUGAUUCUGGAAGACGAUGAUUACUUCACGGGGGAAAAAUCCAGUGACAUUUAUGUCAGAGGCUGGCUGAAAGGCCAAACAGAAGAUAAGCAGGACACAGACGUGCACUACCGCUCUCUUACUGGAGAAGGAAACUUCAACUGGCGCUUUGUGUAUCCCUUCGACUAUCUUGUGGCUGAGGAGAGAAUUGUGGUCUCCAAGAAAGAGUCCCUGUUCUCUUGGGAUGAGACGGAGUACAAGAUCCCCGCUCGCCUCAUCCUGCAAGUGUGGGAUGCUGAUCAUUUCUCCUCAGAUGACUUCUUAGGUGCACUCGAGCUGGAUUUGAAUCGGUUUCCUCGUGGAGCAAAAUCAUCCAAACUGUGCUCCCUGGAUAUGAUUAUUAAUGAACAAGAGCUGCCAACUAUCUCCAUAUUUAAACAGAAACGAGUGAAGGGCUGGUGGCCUUUUAUGGCACAAAAUGAGAAUGACGAGCCAGAGCUCACGGGUAAAGUGGAGGCAGAGCUUCAUUUACUAACAGCAGAGGAAGCAGAGAAAAAUCCUGUUGGCCUCGGAAGGAACGAGCCAGAACCACUAGAGAAACCAAACCGUCCCGAGACCACCGUCCUUUGGUUUAUGAACCCACUGAAGGCUGUACGCUACCUGGUUUGCAACCGCUACAAAUGGCUAAUCAUCAAGAUUGUCCUGGCACUGCUUUUGCUGAUCAUGGUGGGCCUCUUCAUCUACAGCUUGCCUGGUUACCUGGUCAAGAAGAUGCUGGGUGCCUGA